CUUCCAUAAACUUUCCAACUUCACAUUGUUGCCACAGACCAUCCUUUCCUCUAAAAGAAAACCAGAGCAACGGGAUUGAACCCCAAUACUGUUCAUCUACAGAUUUAGCCUUGUGUCCACUGGCAACCAGAUCACCAAUACAACCAGCGCUUCUCGUCCCCAGCUUGGGGUACUCCCGUUCUUCCUUCCUCUCUCCUCCGUCUGCACCUCUCCCCUCUCUCUGCACUAAUCAAUCCAUACCGCCCACCCCGCUUCGGCAUGGACAAGGUGCAGCACAUCACACGGGCAGCCAUUCGCCGGGCGUCCACCAUGGAGGUUCCCCAGCAGGCCAAGCAAAACAUGCAGGAGCUCUUUGUCAACUUCUGCCUCAUCCUCAUCUGCCUGCUGCUCAUCUACAUCAUUGUCUUGCUAAUCUCUUUCUACGGCAUAUGAGAGAUGUAAGCUGCUCGUCCUCCUGUUCACUGGCAAACACGAAGAUCUUCCACCCGGGGCUGAAUACGCUUGGGCAACACGACGCCACGGCUGAACCCGAACAACGCUGGAAAUCUCCAUCCCGCCAGUAUGGAUCUGACCAAUAACCGAGGACUAAACCUGCUGCUCAACUUCCUGCUUAUUAUAGUGGCUCUACUGCUCAUGCUCAUUCUGGUCAAGCUCCUGUGACCUGAAAAUGGCCCGAAACAAGACUAAUCGGUAUAAGAGACUCCCACUCACUCUACCUCCAAAACCAUUUUAAAAACGAUCUUUUCUAAGUUAGACAAACCUGUGCAUGAUUGAUAGGCAGAAAAUGUUUUUUUGAUUGGCUAGUUUUCCAAAGUGGGCUGAUCCCCCUUUUUUGUCUUUAACACAUUUUCAGGACACAUAUUCAUAUUUGAAUUAGUCAAUUAACAUUUUUUUUGAGUCUGCCGUUAAUUUUCUUUGCUUACAACACCUUUAACCUACAAUACACGCUUUGCAACAGCUUAAUGGGGGGAUAGGCCUACAGUAAAUUGAUAAAAAAACGGGUUACCAAAGCAUCAGUCUCCAGAAUCAAAAAAAAGAAGGGAAAAAAAAAAUCAAAAUAGAUGAAAAAUACUCCAUUUUAGUUUAAAUAUCCUGAGGCUUUAAAACUGACAGGAAGUAUAUAGGCUACAUUAGGUGCAUUGCUUCCUUUCAUUAUCACUGCGCACUCUAGUGGUUGUUGCCUUUAACUGCGCACAAAAACAACAACGUAACUAGGAUUAAAAAUGGGAUUUAUCUCAAAAUGAGAUUCUUUUUCUGUGAACAGCAGGAGUGGAUUUAAGUACACGGCCACAUAAAUUAAACUGAAAAUGUAGUGAAGCUCCUAAAUCACAUGACACGGCAUUGACACUAUUCCUAAAAAUAGUUAUACUGCUAUAAAAGCUGUAGAUACACACUCCUAAUCAGAUGUAUUUCAUAAAUAGAAGGACAUAGUCAUGUUUUUAAUGAGAAACACACUGGUUUGCCUAUAAUAUAAUCAAAGUUGUAACCUUUAUAUAUUAUUUAUACCAUCACAAUCACUGUGUUCUUGUGUUCUCUGUGUGAAUAUAUUUAUGAAGUAAUGAUAUACAUUUUCAUAAUGCAAAUCUUUGAGAAAUAAGACUGAAUGGAAGCAAAUGCUGCAAAUAAAACUGUUCCACUGAAAA